GAGCAUGCAUGCGGCAGUCGAAGCGCGCGCGUCUCUGCAGUACGCCGUAAUUUAACGUCACAUCAAAGUUUAAUAAGCGCUGUUGUCUCCGCGCGCGAGCCGCACUGGGAGCUCAGUCCGGUAGCGGGACUGUUGCUUCCUCUCUUACUUUGUCUUCCUCCGUUUUUAUUUUUCUCCAGCAGAGGGAAAAGGGGAAAAGCAGUCCGUCUGUCUCUCUGGCACGCGCUCAGCUCCUUCCUCUCCGCGUGCACAUCUGGACUCCGGCUCGCGCUCCUGUGGUUCCGGGGCAGUGUGUUCAUGCAGCGGCCGUGUGUGUGAUGCGCGAGCGCUGAGGAGAGAGAGAGCAAAAAGGAGGAGAGGAGAAUGAGGAGGAUUAUAGAAGGUCGGGGAGAGAAAAUGGGGCAGCGCGCGCUCGCCUUUCUCCUGUUAUUACCGUGGCUCAUGUACGACUCGCUCGCAGGAUUUCCCAACCAGAUCAGCAUCGGUGGUGUGUUUCUGCGCUCUACAGUUCAGGAGCACAGUGUGUUCAGGUUUGCGGUUCAGCUCUAUAACACCAACCAGAACGUGACGGAGAAACCGUUUCACCUCCACUACAAUGUGGACAACCUGGAGCAGAGCGACAGCUUCUCCGUCACACACGCCUUUUGUUCUCAGUUCUCACGGGGUGUGUAUGCCAUAUUCGGUUUUUACGAUCAGCGCUCGGUGAACACACUCUUGUCAUUUUCCGGGGCUCUGCACACCUCCUUCAUCACUCCAUCACAGCCUGCCGAGGCCGACACCAAUUUCCUGCUCCAGCUGAGACCCGCCCUUAAAGGGGUGGUGCUUAGCAUGAUCACACACUACAAAUGGGAAAGGUUUGUCUACCUGUAUGACACAGAUAGAGGGUUCUCUCUGCUGCAGUCAGUAAUGGAAGCUGCGGUGGUGAAUGAUUGGCGGGUGACGGUUCGCUCCGUUGGGAACGUUGCUGAUGUACUGGAAUAUCGGCGUAUUGUUGAGGAAAUGGAACGUCGUGAGGAGAAACUCUUUAUCAUCGACUGUGAAGAGGAACGCAUCAACGCUUUGCUGGAGCAGGUCGUGGCCUCGGGGAAAAACAGUCGAGGAUAUCACUACAUCCUGGCUAAUCUAGGUUUCUCCAACGCAAGUAUAGAGAAGGUGUUCUCCGGCGGUGCCAACAUCACCGCAUUUAACAUCAUCGACCCAAAUAACCCCAUAGUACAGCAGUUCCUCCAGCGUUGGGACAAACUGGACGAAAGAGAGUUCCCUCAGGCCAGGGACACACCGCUCAGAUACACCUCUGCACUGACCCAUGAUGCUGUGUUGGUGAUAUCAGAGGCGUUUCGGUAUUUGCGUCGUCAGCGUGUAGAUGUUUCUCGCCGUGGCAGCGCCGGAGACUGUUUAGCAAAUCCAGCUGUUCCCUGGAGUCAGGGGAUCGACAUCGAGAGGGCGCUGAAGAUGGUCCAGGUUCAGGGAAUGACCGGAAAUGUCCAGUUUGAUUCUUUUGGACGUCGUACGAACUUCACCAUCGAUGUUUACGAGAUGAAACCUGGUGGAGCCAGAAAGAUGGGUUACUGGAAUGAAUUAGAGAAGUUUGUUUACGUCUCAGAGCUGCAGGUGACGAACGAAUCGUCUUCAGUGGAAAACCGCACGAUCGUCGUCACCACCAUCAUGGAAGCUCCGUAUGUGAUGUAUAAGAGGAAUUACAUGCAGCUGGAGGGAAACGAUCGAUACGAAGGCUACUGUGUGGAUUUAGCCUCUGAAAUCGCCAAACAUGUCAGAAUUAAGUACAAACUGUCCGUCGUAUCUGACGGCAAAUACGGAGCACGGGAUCCGGAGACUAAAACGUGGAACGGGAUGGUGGGAGAACUGGUGUACGGGAGGGCGGACAUCGCCGUGGCUCCUCUGACCAUCACGCUGGUGCGUGAGGAGGUGAUCGACUUCUCCAAACCCUUCAUGAGUCUCGGAAUCUCCAUCAUGAUAAAGAAGCCACAAAAGUCGAAGCCCGGUGUGUUCUCGUUCCUCGACCCGCUGGCGUACGAGAUCUGGAUGUGCAUCGUGUUCGCUUACAUCGGCGUGAGCGUCGUUCUCUUCCUCGUCAGCCGGUUCAGUCCGUACGAGUGGAACACCGACAUCGCAGACGAGGUGAAGGAUCCGCAGGCUCCACCCGAUCCACCCAACGACUUCGGCAUUUUUAACAGUCUGUGGUUUUCUCUCGGAGCCUUCAUGCAGCAAGGAUGCGAUAUCUCGCCAAGGUCUCUGUCAGGUCGUAUAGUGGGAGGAGUGUGGUGGUUCUUCACUCUGAUCAUCAUCUCGUCGUACACGGCUAACCUGGCGGCGUUCCUCACCGUGGAGCGGAUGGUGUCUCCCAUCGAGAGCGCUGAAGAUCUCGCCAAGCAGACGGAGAUCGCGUACGGAACGCUCGACUCCGGUUCCACUAAAGAGUUCUUCAGACGCUCGAAGAUAGCGGUGUUUGAGAAGAUGUGGUCGUACAUGAAGUCGGCCGAGCCGUCGGUGUUUGUGAAGACGACUCCGGAUGGUGUGGCUCGCGUCAGGAAGUCGAAGGGCAAGUUUGCGUUCCUGCUGGAGUCCACCAUGAACGAGUACAUCGAACAACGCAAACCAUGUGACACCAUGAAGGUCGGCGGGAACCUCGACUCCAAGGGCUACGGAGUCGCCACGCCCAAGGGCUCGGCAUUAAGAAGUGCUGUGAACCUGGCUGUGUUAAAGCUGAACGAGCAGGGCCUGCUGGACAAGCUGAAAAACAAGUGGUGGUACGACAAGGGGGAGUGUGGCAGCGGGGGAGGGGACUCCAAGGAUAAGACGAGUGCGCUGAGUCUCAGUAACGUGGCUGGUGUGUUUUACAUCCUGGUCGGGGGUCUGGGACUCGCUAUGACGGUGGCGCUAGUUGAGUUUUGCUACAAGUCUCGUCAGGAGACCAAACGGAUCCGACUGCUCGAUCCCGCUCAGAACUUUAAGCACACUCUUCCGGCCGGCGCGCAGGGCUUCACCACCUACAGGGAGGGCUACAACGUCUACGGCACCGAGAGCGUCAAGAUCUAGCACUAGGCAGCAUGCAGGAGGUCUUUGGGAGGUCCGAUUCUCAGCGACUGGUUUUAACAGGAUAGGAUACACCCCUUUGAGAUUGGCUCCUCCCACCGCUUUAAUCUCCUCCCCUUGGAUCUGCUGAAACCAUAGCAAUUGCGCUCAGAUUCUGCAAUAUCUCUCGGUGCCUUACAGGAGACACGUUAACUCGGAACAUUCUACAGAGCUUCCUCUCCAAUCCACACGGUUCCUCCAAACUUCCUGUCCAGCCCAGAGCACUUCCUCUUCACUCUCAAUCUGCUCAUCUCCACCGUUGAGCCGUUUAUUCACUUUAUUCUCACUCGCUGUCAGUUCUGCUGAGAGGUUCUUCUCGGUCUGAAGACUCCAGAUUGCUUCAUCUCCACCCGGAGCUUCACUUCACUGCAGAACCCGAGAACAGCGUAGAGCAGCGCUUCCUGAACUCGGGGUCCUGAACUCGGGGUCCUGACCUCACGUAGAGCCGCUUGAUUUAGAAACGGGGUUAUAGAGAGAAUCUCACAAUCUCCUUUUUUCGUUUGAUUUGUGUAUUUUACAGAUUAAUAUUAGAAAUACUGAAGACAGAUUUUGUGUGCUAAUGUUUUGAGUCACAUUCAGACAAACCACGUUUAAAUGUGAAAAGUUUAGCAAUAAAUACGAAUAAAUUUCCCCAUCUAUCUACUCCCGCUAACUCCUCAACUGGCCUCAUUUAUCAAACUAGAUAAGUUGGAUAAAUUACAUUUGAAAUAAGAAAUUUGUUAUUUGUGAAAACGUUCGUGUCCUACUUGUGCUCCUAAGUGUGUGUAAAUUUACCCAUGAAAAAGACGAACUAAAAUAAACCUUGAAUUAAUCGACUUCAGAUCAUAUAAUCUGCAUGGAUUACUGCACUUUUAUAUCCGGAAUAUUCUGUGGAGUUUAAACUCGCUUAUAAUAAUAAUAAUAAUAAUAAUAAUAAUAACAAUGUUAUGAAAUAUUUUUAUUGGUAUAGAAGAGAGUCAAAAUAACUCCCACUUCUGUCUCCACUGUUGUGUUUACCCGGAUUGUUCAUGUCAUGCUCUCUGCACACUUGACCUUUUAUGGAGUUCUGUGGGCGUGGCUACAUGUAAAUGAGCUUUACUGGUGAUUAACAUACACACACGAGUACAAAGAAAUCCAGCUCUUCCAAAACUUUAUAAAUCCAGCAGAAAGUCUGGCCAAAAGGAUGUUGAUAAAUAAGGGUUAGGGUUAAGGUUUAGGUCAACUCCCAGAAAUACGCGAAAACUUUUAGUGAAUACGGAUUUACACACGUGAUGGUAAAUAAGGACUUACAGAGCAUUCAGAAUGUCCAUUUGGGGUCGUUUGUCUUAAAAGUUUGGGAACCGUUGUUCUAGAGCGAUCUCCAUCAUCUCCACUCCACAGCAGUUCGUUAGAGUUUAUGGAUCUCCUCCAGAUCUUCGUGUUGUAGAGCGUUUCAUCCAUACAUCGUAGUGCUUCAUGUCAACUCCAGAGCUGUUCUCCACAAUGCUAGGGUUCUAGAGCGCCUCGCUUCAGCAUCAUCUCUAAUCAUCUCUAGAGCAGGUCAGUUCUAAUCCGCAGUGCUUCCAGACCCGUCCCGGUGAACAGACACGGAGAACAGACACGGUGGAUAAACGAGGUGAACGUUAAACUGGUUUUGGUCUACUUUUCUUUCUCUCUCUCUCUCUCUCUCUCUCUAUCUUCCCUGUAGAUAAGAAUGGUACACUGAAAAAAGUGUUUCAAUCACAGCUUGUAGAGUUCGUUAUAAUUAUUUUAGUUGAAUGAAUUUGAAAUUAAGAGACCAUGACUGAAAUCUUUCAAAUGAAAACAUAAAUACCACAAUGUGUUUGUGUUUAAGAAACGUGAAAGUGUGUCUCUAGUUUUAUAAAUCAGCAGGAAAUCAAUCUUAAAAGUAUAUUUAUUUAGGGAAUUUUUUAUAAAUACUCUGUUAAUUAUUUAUUAGAUAAAGUUGCAUGUCAGAGGUCAGAGUUGUGAAAGGUCAAAGGUCAUCCUCUUAGUCUUCUGUAUAAUCUAGAAAAGCAUUGACUCCCUGCAUGAGCGCCUGCACUAAGGUUU